AUCCCCAAUCCCGAAAAGUCCGUAGAAAAUCGAUUUAGCCGCCUCAAAUCCUCAUUGGGAGAGCUAACAAACAAAUGUGGAAAGCCACAACUAUAGACUUUUGGUAUGGCAAGACAAAUCCUCAAUCUCAAUCUCAUCUGUUGUCUUUCUCUUGACGCUUCCUCCUCCUCAUCUGAUUUUGUUUCUCCAUCCUUUCUCAGAAUUUUUCCUUUUCUCAUCUUUCUUCUGAUACUUCUCAGUUUGGAGGAGAUUUUGUUUAAUAUUUUUGAAAAAAAGAGCUUGAAGGAAUUGCACUCUGCAAUUGGGCACACAAAGUUUUAAUUUACAACUCUCAUCUUAAUCGACUUAAUCUGAUUCAAACACCAAGGCGAAGUUCAUAUUUAAUUGUGCCAAUGCCAGAUGUUUGAGUCCGCAGCAACCUUGCGAAAACUUUAGCUCUGCUACCUCACAUAGCGACACAGGAUAAGUAAAAUGUUGAGAUCGAUGAGAAAAUUACUUGGUGGGGUUAGAUAUUUCUCCAGGGAAAAUAACUGGAAGGAUUUGAAGUGGUUCGAGGCCAAUAGAGCUCCGUUAACACCCAUAAGCUUCUUGGAAAGAGCAGGCAGUGUGUACAGGGAUGGAGCUUCCAUUAUCCAUGGCUCUACUCGCUUCACUUGGGCCCAAACGCUUGACCGGUGCAUCAGGCUUGCUUCCGCCCUUACCUCUCUCCAUGUCAAGCCCGGAGACGUUGUUUCCGUGGUGGCACCAAACAUUCCAGCAACGUAUGAGAUGCACUUUGGAGUUCCCAUGGCAAGGGCAGUGCUGAAUACUCUCAAUAUUAGAUAUGAUGCCGAUACAAUGUGUGCAAUUUUAAAGCAUUCCGGAGCUAAGGUAGUGUUUGUGGAUUCCCAAUUCAUAGAAAUUGUUAAAGAAGCACUAAGCCUUCUUUCUCAGGUGACAAAGGAAAUACCAUUGUUGAUUGUAAUUCGUGAACUGGGCAGUGAAACAUCUUCCAACGGCACAGAUUAUCCAUAUCUGGAGUAUGAAAGGCUUUUACAGAGUGGGGACCCAAGUUUCAAGAUUUGCUGGCCUGAAGAUGAAUGGGAUGCUAUUACAUUAAACUACACAUCGGGUACAACAUCUAGUCCUAAAGGGGUUGUGUACAAUCACAGAGGUGCUUACCUAAACACACUCUCUAACAUUCUAAUGUGGGAAAUGAAAUCAAAACCAGUAUUCCUUUGGAUAAAUCCCCUGUUUCACUGUAAUGGUUGGUGUUUUUCAUGGGGCCUAGCUGCACAAGGUGGCACUGGAAUUUGCCUCAGAAAUUUAAUUGCAAAAGACAUAUAUGACGCCAUUUGUGAACAUAAAGUCACCCACCUAUGUGCAGCACCAACUGUAUUGAAUAUAAUUUCAAAUGCACUACCACAUGAAAGAAGGCCUCUACCCCACAGAGUUGAGGUUAUGACAGGUGGUUCUCCACCACCUCCCCUCAUGCUGACCACAAUGGAGAAACUUGGUUUUAACAUAACACAUAUUUACGGCCUCACAGAGACAUAUGGACCGAUAUCCUCAUGUCUUUGGAAUCCUGAAUGGGACCUAAUUCCAUCAGAGAACCGUGCCAAACUAAAGAGUAGGCAAGGAGUGCCACACUUAGGAGUUGCUAAACUAGAUGUCAAGAUUUCUUCUACAAUGCAAAGUGUUCCCCAUGAUGGUACUACAAUUGGUGAAAUCAUGAUCAAAGGAAAUGUAGUCAUGAGUGGAUAUCUGAAAAAUCCUGACGCUACAGAAAAAGCAUUUGAAAAAGGAUGGUUUCAUACAGGUGAUUUAGGAGUUGUUCAUCCUGAUGGCUACAUAGAGCUCAAGGAUAGGUCAAAAGACGUAAUAAUCUCUGGGGGUGAGAAUGUCAGUAGCAUUGAAGUAGAAACUGUUCUUUAUAGUCAUCCAAGUGUACUUGAAGCUGCUGUUGUAGGACGUCCAGAUGAUUAUUGGGGAGAAACUCCCUGUGCUUUUGUCAUGUUGAAAGAUUCUGCUGCUGCACCGGACCAAGUUAGUCCUGAAGAUAUCAUUAACUUCUGUCGCAAUCAUCUACCACAUUAUAUGUCUCCUCGAACUGUAAUUUUUGGACCCCUACCAAAAACAUCAACAGGAAAAAUUCAAAAGCAUUUGCUGAGGGACAGAGCAAAGAAUUUAGGUACCAUCUUUCCUAGAAGCUACAGAAAACAAUAAAAAUUGCUUCUCCUCUUCAAAUGUCAGGAGUGGCUGGUUAAUAAAGAUUUGAACGUAUCCUCUCUGUCUGUGAUGUCUUCUCUCGUCUGUAUUGGUGGUACCUUUAACAGCAUUUAUUUCUAUUUUUUUACUUACAUAUUGUUUUCUCUUCAGUGAUUUCUCAGGAUUUCUUUUAGUUUUCUUGUACUUUUUGCAUGGAGAUGCACUAAGUACUGUCAUUCUCUGUUCAUGUACAUUUUUGCAGUUCGUUUAGCUCUUUUUGGCCGCAAAGGGACAUCAAUAGUUAAAUUAAAAAGACUGAAAACAUUAGCUCU